AUGGAAGAAGUCAUCUCUUCAUGCGAACCCCACAAAAAUCUGGAUAUUUUCAGAGAGGGGUCUGUGGCUGAGUGGCACAAGUGUGAUCUCGCGAGGUGGGGUGGGCAUCCGCUCGCUGGCGAGAGGCUCAGCGAGUCAGAAACCUGUCAUCGCCAUUCUCGUGAUCACGCUGUUCGACCUGCAAGGCUGACAGGGAACGAUUCGAGAAGGGAGGGAGGCUUCCUCCACCCCUUGCCUAUUCGAUCGCCUCGAGACGCUCUCGGUUUCAGCUCAGGGCACAACUGGUGGAUCUUUCAGCCACCCAACCGUCAGGGAUGCGAUGAAGAUCGGCCUGGAAACAAACCUUCAGAUGGCCACUCGCUACUGUACUUGGUAUGCCCGAAACAAAGUGUUGGGCCCACGAAUGGGGAUCGAGACUGCCCUUGGGGUGGGCAAUUCAGGGGCGAUGCGCCGCUGGGACGCGGAGCCUUCUCACUGGCUACAUCCCCUGCCAAGGCGGCGGCCACGCACACGCAGGCCCCUUACUUGCCUGGCUGCGAGACCAUCAUAAGCGAAGUAGGAGUUAUGCAUGAUGAUAGGCCACGACCACUUCACCCGAACGCUCCAUGUCCUUCCCCUGAAUGCUGUCGUGCCUCCACAAGUUCACAAUUAGGUACGGGAGAAAUCCUCCCGCAGCAGCCUCUCAGUUUGCUCCUGAGUCUACUCCGUAGUGUCAGUCAGGGCAAAGCUAUGAUUCAUUCGCCAAAAGUUUCGCCAUCCCUCGCAACAAACGCUCUCAAGCCUAUCGCUGCCCCUGCACCGUCCGUACGUCAGUGCACCCCUCCUCCAACGUCCCUCCUUGCACCCAAUCGAUCACCUAAGCUUCAGAAUUCCUCGACCUCGGCCAUUUGAGUCGUUCAACUGGUCAGGUCCCUCUGUUAGGCUUUUGGACGAUACGGGGAGAGCUGGGCACGCUGAGGCGUUGUGGAGCAUCAGCGUGCGCGUUUGACAAGCUCAGCCCGCCUGCCUUGGCUCCAGCUCAUAUGGUCCAAUCAUGCAUUUAUUUCCGGAUUCCCUGCAGCAAAUCCUCGAAAAUCUGCGCGGAUCUAAACUGGGGAAGCGUAUGCAGGGGGUCAAUGUGGCUGACCCGUUGACAUUCCUGCGAGUGCCCACGGACGGGGUAAA